UCAUGCUGCUGCCAGGUCCAGAGUGUCUCAUGGGUCCCUGUACGGCCUCCCAUUGCUGCUGUCUCCAUCGCCACACUCUGCCAUGUGCCACUUUCAGGUCUCCUCACACUGCUGGUGGGUUCCAUUUUGUCAUAGGGUGCUGGCAGAUUACGGGCCUCCCAUUGCUGCUGCCAGGCCCGUAAUCUGCCAUGGGCCCCUGUACCGCCUCCUCAUGCUGCUGCCAGGUCCAGAGUGUCUCAUGGGUCCCUGUACGGCCUCCCAUUGCUGCUGUCUCCAUCGCCACACUCUGCCAUGUGCCACUUUCAGGUCUCCUCACACUGCUGGUGGGUUCCAUUUUGUCAUAGGGUGCUGUAUGGCCUCCUAUUGCUGCUGCCGACUCCACCGCCCCACACUGUGGCUCCACACUCUGGUUUGGCUCCGUGACUGCCCAAAUGAGUGAAGUGUGCGGUGAUUCUAAGAUCGACGGCACUCAUCUGCAUGUCAUACUG